GAAACAUGAGAGGGAUGUGGAAAACUGGUGGUUGGAAGCUCAAGACUUGCUUCAUAAUAAAUCUGAAAGUAUGACGUGUCUUGAUAUUCAAAGCCUCACUGAAGCUAAACCUUCUGUGAAUGCAGAUGACAAAGAAGUUGUAAUUAAAGACACCGAACAAAGUGUUGAAAGCUGUAAUGACAAUUUGUUAAAUGCAGCAACGAGUUUAACAAAUGAUUCAAGUACAUCUAAUCAGGGAGGUCAAGAUCUAAGUUUUAACUAUGUCAAACAAAUUUAUGAUGCUCAAACUGUUGAUCACAAUGCUUGUCAAGAACUCGAAUCUGAAGCUAAUGAAGGCGAAUUGUUUACAAAAGGAGAUUCAAAUGACUGUUUUUAUAUUGAUAACAAAGAUUGUCACCAACUUAGUCAAAAUGGCAAAAAUUUUAUCCCAGUUUCUGUCCAAGAUAAGAUUUUAUUUCCAUCAAAUAUUCAAGGAAAUAAAGCAAUUCCUGUUUUUGAAGAUGAUAAUUUAGGUCUUGGAUCAGCUAUUUGUUACGUUUUAGAGUGACACACAAUUAAUCCUAAAAAUCUGCAAUAUUUUAUGAUGUUGAAAUUAUUUAUUAUUUAUGCUGUUGAUAAUUUUUCUAAUCCAAUAAGAUUCCUUGUAAUGUGUGAUUCAACAGUUAUAAAUAAAAUAUGUUG